CGGAAUAAUGGUGUUUUCAUUUGUUUGGUAGCUUUUAAUUCGUUUAGCAAUUUUGUUCCUCAGCAGAUAUGUCAAAUUUGAAAGCCUACUUGGAUCACUGCAAGCGAAAACUGGAACGCAACAUGCAUGAUAUCAAAAUGAACUCUGCUGUAAUUGAUAAAUUAUCCACUUUGCAAGUUACCAAAGAACUUAUUGAGGAAACUGGCUUAUAUAAACUGAUUAGAAGUUUUUGCAAGAGGGAAGAUGAAAUGGGUGAGAAGUCGCUCAUGGUGUUUAGGAAAUGGCGAGAGUUCUAUGGUGAUGGUGUUCAGACUCCUACCAAGGAAACCAUUGCCCAGCUAUCAUCAAAACCACCUCCAAGCAACAUUGAAUCACAUAGAAACAUUGCUGAUCCUUUAUCAAAGUGCCAAAAUCUACCUUUCCAAAAAGAGUCCAAGCAUCAGCCUAGUUCUAAAUCAGACCCAAAGUAUCAACUCUCAAGUCUUUUAAAACCAGAGUUGAAGCACCAACAACUCUCCUCAUUAAAAUCAGGCUCAAAGCAUCCAUUUGCAAACCUUCUCUCAGAGUCGAAACAUCAGAUCUUGCACACUUCUAAGUCAGAAUCAAAGUAUCCGCCUUCGAAGUUGGAGCCGAAGCAUCCUCAAGUUCCCUCUUCUAAGCACCUGCUUUCAUCUCCAUCUAAACCAGAGGCCAAGCAUCAUCGUAUCUCGCCAUCAAAACAGAGUUCAAAACAUCCAUUUUCAUCCCCUUCCAAAUCAGAUGCAAAACAUCGUUCCGCACCACUGGCAAAUCCAGACAAGCAUCCUCUGCCCAUGCCUAAAUCAGAUGCUAAACACCAACUAUCAUCUCACCCUAAACCAGAAUUAAGACAUUUUACCUCUAAAGUAGAACCUCCUAGAUUUCAUUCUUCAACUUCUGCUGCUCUUGAAGCGAAGCAGCAACAUUCACUUGCACCCAGACCAGAUCCAAAACAACGGCUCACUCACCCCCUUUCCAAACCAGAAUCAAAGCAUCAACACAUAUCACCUUCAAAUCCAGACUUCAAGCAUCAGCUGUCAUCUCCAAAGCUGGACUAUAAGCAUCAUGUUCCACCUCCAUCAUUUGCCGGCAAAAUCAGAGAAUCAAAUCCGAGCCUGUCCGAGGACAUACUACAUUGUCACAUCAAAAAACUUCGGAUAAACCGAAUGUUCAGCAUAACUUGA